UAGUAUACGUAGGCGAAGAUUGUAUACAUUAAAACAAGUGUGUAGAUAAAACGACAAUAAACCAACUUGGUUAAUAAGAAAACAUGUUGUGUACCAUGAAAAAAGUGGCGACGUUUUGCCUCUGAGCAUGUAAAAUCGAAAAAGCAGCGCACCGAAAAAUUUACGACUGGCGAGAAAAAAAGAAACAAAAUACAAGUAGCUGUAAAGUAAGCGAAAACGAAAACGUUUGCUGACGUGCUGUUGCGUGCGCUGCGAGAUUCGUUGUUGUUGUUGUUAUAGCCGUAAACAGAGAGAGUGAGAGAGAGGGAGAGAGAGAGAGAGACAGCAACACGACAUGGAGGAUCGCAUGAUGGCCCACACCGGCGGCAUGAUGGCACCACAGGGCUACGGCCUGCCCGGCCAGGACGAUGGCCAAAAUGCUGGCAACGAGAACGAGGUGCGCAAGCAGAAGGACAUCGGCGAAAUACUUCAACAGAUCAUGAGCAUUUCGGAGCAAUCCCUGGACGAGGCCCAGGCCAGGAAGCAUACGCUCAACUGUCAUCGCAUGAAGCCGGCCCUGUUCUCUGUUCUGUGCGAGAUCAAGGAGAAGACCGUGCUCUCCAUUCGCAACACGCAGGAGGAGGAGCCGCCAGAUCCGCAACUGAUGCGCCUGGACAACAUGCUGAUUGCCGAGGGCGUGGCUGGGCCAGAAAAGGGCGGCGGCGGCGCCGCGGCUGCCUCAGCAGCGGCCGCCAGCCAAGGCGGUUCACUGUCCAUCGAUGGCGCCGACAAUGCCAUCGAGCAUUCGGAUUAUCGCGCCAAGCUGGCACAGAUCCGACAGAUCUAUCACCAGGAGCUGGAGAAGUACGAGCAGGCCUGCAAUGAGUUUACCACGCACGUCAUGAAUCUGCUGCGCGAGCAGAGCCGCACCAGACCCAUCACACCCAAAGAAAUCGAGCGCAUGGUGCAGAUAAUCCACAAGAAAUUCAGCUCGAUACAAAUGCAGCUGAAGCAAUCGACCUGCGAGGCGGUGAUGAUAUUGCGAUCUCGAUUCUUGGACGCGCGCCGCAAGCGUCGCAAUUUCAGCAAACAGGCAUCCGAAAUACUCAAUGAGUAUUUUUACAGUCAUCUGAGCAAUCCGUAUCCAUCCGAAGAGGCCAAGGAGGAGCUGGCCCGCAAGUGUGGCAUAACGGUAUCGCAAGUAUCGAACUGGUUUGGCAACAAGCGCAUUCGCUACAAGAAGAACAUCGGCAAGGCCCAGGAGGAGGCCAAUCUGUAUGCGGCCAAAAAGGCAGCCGGCGCCUCGCCCUAUUCAAUGGCGGGUCCGCCCAGCGGCACCACAACGCCCAUGAUGUCGCCCGCACCGCCGCAGGACUCGAUGGGCUAUCCGAUGGGCUCCGGCGGUUACGAUCAGCAGCAGCCGUACGAUAACAGCAUGGGCGGCUACGAUCCCAAUCUGCAUCAGGAUCUUAGUCCUUGAGGAUAGGCUUGCCAAAGCUAAAAUCACAACAACAACAACAACAAAAUCAACUAAUAGAAAGUACUUUUUUUUUGUUUUCAAUCCAAUUUUCUUCUUUUUCUUUCGUCGUUUAUCUUUAUCGUGUAUCGAGCAAAUGUGCUGCAGAACAAAACUUAACGAACUUAACGAAUGUGUGCGUGAGUGUGCAUGCAUGCGCGUGCAUGUUUGUGUGUGCGUGUGCAGCACUUAACGAAGGUGUGCGUGUGCGUGCGUGUGCAGCACUUAACGAACUUAACGAAUGUGUGCGUGCAUGUGUGCGUGUGCAGCACUUAACGAAUGUGUGCGUGGGCGUGC